AUGGCUCGUAAGCCAGAUCAAGUGGCCUCCGCGGCGAGCGUGCUGGAGGAGCUACAGCAGUCCGCGCCAGAGCCGACGAUGUCGGCGUUGCGCCCGUUGGCGCAAGCGCUGGCGGUGCCCAACUUCAUGCGCCAUCGCGACCGCGACGUGCGCGUGCUCCUCGCGUUCUGCGUGAGCGAGGUGCUGCGCGUGUUCGCGCCCGACCCGCCGUACGACGACGCGCCGCUUAAGAGCGUGUUUGAACUGCUGGUGGGCACGUACGAGGGCCUAGAGGACACGAGCAACGCGCUGUACCCGCGGCGGGUGGCGAUUCUGGAGUCGAUGGCGCGGGUGAAGACGUGCAUCAUCAUGCUGGACCUCGAGUGCACCGACCUCAUCCUGCACAUGUUCGAGACCUUCUUCCGCGUCGUGCGCCCUGAGCAUGCACUGCAUGUGCAGAUGGCGAUGGUGGAGGUGAUGGCAUCAGUCAUCGAUGAGAGUGAGGACGUCUCCCCACAGCUACUGGACGCCAUUAUCUGCAACAUGCUCUCUCCGGAAAAGGAGGCCUCUCCAUACGCGUACCAGCUUGGAGCAGCAGUGGUGAAGCGAUCCGCGGAGCGGCUGCAGCCAGUGCUCCAGAGGCACCUCGCCCCCGCAAUCCGCACUGUGGCCGCUGCUGGAGGCAAGGACGGGGAGAGCAAGGGCGGCGGUGGCGGCGGCGGUAGUCUGGCGUGCAAGCGGUACCACGAUGUGAUUCUGGAGGUGUUUCGAGUGGCGCCGAGUGCGCUGGAGAUGGCACUGCCGCAGAUACAUGAGGAGCUCGUGGUAAGGAGCGGUGGAUGCUCACAGCACAAGGAUCCCGAGGUGUGCCUGAGGGCGGUGUCGCUGUUGGGGCGGCUGCUCAUGGUGGACGCAGCCACACCCCCCCGUUCUCACCCCCCUCCCGCCCCUUCCUUCCCCUUCUACCACACGCUCCCCCUCGCCCCGUCUCCCUCACAGCAUGAGGAUCCCGAGGUGCGGCUGAGGGCGGUGUCACUGGUGGGGAAGCUGCUGAUGGUGGACGCGGCCACGCUGCAGCACCACUACCGGCAGCUCUUUGCCGAGUUCCUGCGCCGCUCCAACGACAAGUCCGUCGACGUGCGCGUCAAGCUUGUCAACCUCCUCCAAUCCUUCCUCCUCCCGGCUGCUGGUUCCACUUCCGGUGCUGCUGCUGGUGCUGGUUCUGCUGGUGGUGGUGGUGGGACAGCAGGGGCCGCGGCAGGGGCUGGGGGGAACGCGCUUGUGGCCUUGUAUUUCAACAAGGCGCCUGGGGUGGCAGGGGCUGUGGCUGGUGCUGGUGGUGCUGGGGCUGUUGGUGCCGGGGUGGGAGCAGGUGUUGGCGUUGGCGGCAGGGCUGUGGAUAUGUCAGAAAUAAGGAGUGAGUCAUGGAAAGGAGAGGAGGAUGGGGGGGGGGGUAGGAUAGGAGACAUGCUGCUGGAGCGACUGCUAGACGUGGAGGAGCGGGUGAGGCAGGCGGCGGUGAAGGCCCUCUGCUCUGUGUUCGCCCGCAGCCCCAAGCUGCUGCCCGUGGCGGACCUGCGAGCAGUGGCGGACAGACUGAGGGACAAGAAGGUCCCUGUGCGACGAUCCACAUUACCAGAGAUUGCGAGGGUUUAUAGGGAGCACUGCUUGCGGUGCGCGGUGCGGGAUAAGGAGAGGGAGGAGGCUGAGGGAGGGAAAAGGGGGAAGGGAGAGGAGGCGGGAGCGGGAGGGGAAGGGGGAGGGGUGGGGAAUGGUGUGGAGGGGGAUAAGGAGGAGGAGGAGGAGGUGGAGAGGUUUGAGUGGCUGCCGAGUCGGAUGAUCAAGUGCUGCUAUUUCAAAGAUUGCAAGGACUUCAAGCCUCAGACCAUGGACGUGUUCUUUGACGAGGAGCUCUUCCCCAAGACACUCCCUGUGGAGCGGAGGGCGUUCCACUGGGUGUACCUCUUCCACUCCUUUGAUGUCAACGACCUCAAGGCCUUCUCGCACAUCCUGCAGAACAAGCAGAUCCUUCAAUCCAGCAUGGCAACAUUCCUGCGAACACGCCAAGAGCUCAAGGACCUAGAGGCUCGUGAGCGGAAAAAGGCUGGAGAGGAGGCAGAGAAGAGCAAGGGGAAGGGCAAGGAGAAAGCAGAACCAGGGACUGAUGGGGAAGGCGGGGAAGACGCAGGGAAAGCGGGAGGAGGAGGAGGAGGAGGGGAUGGGAGUCUGGUGGCGAUUGAAGCUGAGAGGAAGGUGCUGCAAGAGAGGAUGGUGGCGACAGGGAGGCGCAUGGCACAGGCAGCGUUUCUGGAUGUCGCAAAGGCAGAGGAGCAUUUUGCAAAGCUGGCUGUGCUAAAGGAUAAUAAUGUGUUUCGGCUGCUCUCGUCCCUCAUGUCCCCUGCUGAAACGCUCACGUCGAUACAGGCCAUGCGGGAGGAGUUGCUGAAGCGCAUAGGCGAGAGGUCACACCUGUACGACCUGGUGAAGGACCUCUCCUUCAAGCUCUCCUUUCACCUCUUUGGUCGGCAACACACCGAACACGUCCUGGCUAUCCUUGGUGCCAUUGCAGCCAAAGGGGAGGAAGCAGCAGCCAAGGUUAAUCCUGAGAGCGUGGAGGAGGAGGAGAAGGAGGGAGGGGAGAAGGGGGGGGGCGUGGUGGGUGGGAAGAGGCGGGACGGGAAGGGGAAGGAGGAGGAGGGGGAGGGGGCGGGCGGGGGUGGUGGGGAGGGGGAGAAGGGAGGGGGCGUGGUGGGUGGGAAGAGGUCGGGUGCGGCGGGACUGUCUGUGAGGCAGCAGCAGGUGCUGGCGCGGCGGUUCCGGCUGUUUGUGACUGCUGCCAUUCGGCUGCUCGUGGUGCGUGCUGGUGCUGCUGCUGCCCAAUGUUUGCCUGGCGUUUACCUGGAGGUGGCAGCACACUUCCCUGCGCUUUUUGAGGGGUGCUUCUCCAGCCUGCUUCCUCUCCUGAGGGCGCACCAUCCGGAGCUCAAGGAGGGCGCGGCGAAGCUGCUUUCCAAGCUCUCCUUCUCCCCGGACUCCGCCUCCCCCCAUGCUGCUGCUCUCAGCAACCAGCCUCCGGAUUCGCAGACCACCAACGACACCAUGGAGUGUCUGAAGCAGCUGGCUAUGGACGGCACGAGGCACCAGAUCAAGGCAGCAGUGGCUGCCCUCUCUGCCUCCAUCUAUGGCGCUAGAGGCCGCUCCACACUCUCGUUCAUCUACGAGAGGGCGUUCAAGUCGCUGGAGAGUGCGGGCGAGCAGAAGCUGCAGAGGAGCCUGGAUGCGCUGGGGGAGAUUGCGCGCUUCGCCCCGGACGUGUGGCAGCCGCAUGAGGACGAAAUCAUCAAGUUUGUUGUUCGCAAGCUGCUGCGGUACUCCAGUUUUUUAGCCCAGGCGAGUGCAGCAGCAGCGCUUGACACGCCUUCGACUAUGGCAACACUCAAGUCGCGCGGCAUCAAGAUGCUGGUGAAGACGUUUCUGCCACGGCAGGCGACUCCGGGGAGCAGCAAGAAGCAGUCGACGGGACUGCAGGCCGUGCUGGGGAAGCUGCUGCCUCGGGGCGAGGUGUAUGAAGACGUGCUGUCCUCGGACGCGGACAAAGCGCUGCUGCGGCUGACAGCAGCCAAGUCAGUUGUGAACCUCGCCACACAGCUCGACUCACAGAUCACUCCCGACCUCUACCGCCUCGCACUCUUCUCCUCCCUCGAUGCGGUGCCUCUGGUGAGGAGGGGCUUUGCCAGCAAGCUGAUAGCGGGCCUCAAGGAUCGCUCUGUGCCCAUGCGCUAUGCUGCUGCGCUGCCGCUGCUGGCGGCUGCAGAGGAGACGGACAGCGAGCAGCAGACGGAGGUCCGUAGGUACCUAGCAGAAUACGUGGACGUUACUAGGAGGGCGGCUGCUAGGAGAUCCGUAGCAGGGUUGACUGGGGACGAUGGGAAGGACAGGGAAGUGAAGCGGGAGGAGCAGGCGUGGGAGGUGAAGGGAGGGGGAGAGGAAGCGGGGGGCAAAGAGGCUGGUACGAGUGCGGCUGGUGCUGCUGAUUCUGCUGCUGCUGGUGCUGGGGGUGCCGGUGUUGCAGGGUUAUCGACGAUUAUAGAGCACCCCGAGUAUGUGCUGGUGUAUCUGGCAUAUGUGCUGGCCCAGCACCCACAGUGGCCGAAGGUUGAUGCUGGCAGCGCCAAGGCCGAGGACUAUGAGCCGAUUCAGCGUCCUCUGGAGUACCUGCUGAGGGCAUUGCUGCAGGGGGGCGCGGAAUGGGGGAGGGGCGCGGAGGCAGGUGCAGGGGCAUCGCGCAAGGACAGGGGCGCGGGGCAGGAGGAGGUGGAUAACCUGGGAGCGGUGCUGGCAGUGCUGCGGACCAUCAAGGCGGCCAGCCCUGUUGCCAACAGCGUUGCACAGGAGAAACUAGCAGCAGUGUGCGACAUUGGCAUUGCGAUAGCCAAGGCCAUUGGCAGGACUCGUCCCUUCACGCUCACCUACUCACAACCAGUGCCUCUUCCCUCUGCACUCUUCAAAAGCCCUGCUACAUUGCCGCCCCCUGCUGCUGCUGCUGUUGCUUCUGCUGCUGGGGCAAUCACACCAGCGGCAGCAGGAGCAGCAGCAGCAGGAGGGGCAGCAGGGGCGGAGAAUGGAGCUGGGGAGACUGAGACCCCUGAGCCUACACCUGGUUCCGAGCUGCCUCUCACUCCCCUGCCGGACGGCAGCAAUCUCCCGGCCUGCCUGUCUGAUCUAGAGACCCAGUUCGUGGUGCAAGUGAAGCCCCUUGCGUCUCCUGCCGCCAAAGCACGGCACCAUGCUGCCCGUGCCGGCGGAAAGGGCAAGAGACCCUCAAGAAACACUACUAGAAGGAGGCUGGAUGGGCGAGGAGAGGAGGAGGAGGGAGACGAGGAGGAGGAUGAAGAGGCAGAGGAGGUGGGAGGGGACGAGGAGGGCGAGGAGGAGGAGGAGGAGGAGGAGGAUGACGUAGUGAAGAAUGGCAAGGGUGGUGGUGCCAUGGAAGGUGGAGUGUGCGUACUGACAGCACUGGUGGUUCUCAUUCUCACGUGCCUUGUUCCCUCCCUCCCUCCCUCCCUCCCUCCCUCCCUCCCUCCCUCCCUCCCUCCCUCCCUCCCUCCCUCCCUCCCUCCCUCCCUCCCUCCCUCCCUCCCUCCCUCCCUCCCUCCCUCCCUCCUUCCUUCCCUCCCUUGCCUCUCGCACGUGUUCUCAUCUUAUCAGAAAGUACCACCAACACCAGCAGCUGCGCCGGCAGGGGCGAACGAGAUUGCGCUGCGCAAGGCGUAUGUGGGGCGGCGCAUCAAAGUGUGGUGGCCGCUAGACAAAGCCUACUAUAAGGGCGUAAUCAAGUCAUACCAAGUCAAGACUGAGAAGCACACGGUGCGGUAUGACGAUGGCGACAAGGAGGACCUGUUGCUGCACCGGGAGAAGUUUGAAUUCAUUGACGGUCUGCCUCCCCCCACCGCCGCUUCCGCUGAGAAGCCGGCAACUUCUGCUCCUGAAUCUGCCAGCAAAGGAAAGACUGCAGGGUCACACAGAAAGGGCGCGGAGGCAGCAGGUGCUGACGGUGCCACCAGCGUUAGCAAAUCUCACAAGAAAAAGGUUCCUCCUCCAGCUCCUGCUGCUGACCCUCCUGCUCCCGCUCCCUCUGCUGCGACUGGCGCUGCUGCUAAGGCAGGUGGGGGGAAGGCUAAGGGUGCAAGCACACCUGCAGCGGAUAAGGGGACUGGGAGAGGGAAAGGGACUGCUACUGCCGCUGCUGGUGGUGGAGGGAGAGGAGGGGGAUCAGCUGAAAAGGGAGGGAGAGGGAAGAGAAAGGCAGAGGAGGUGGUUGGGGAUGAGGAGAGGGAGGGGGAUGAGGAGGGGGAUGAGACAGGGAGAGAGGGGAAGGAGGAGGGAGGGAAGAGAGGGAAGGGGGCGAAGAGGGGGAGGGGAGCGGGGGGGAAGGAAGAUGAGGGAGGUGAGAGCAGUGAGCAGGGGGAUGUGGAAAUGGUUGAAGCUGAUGAGGUUGAUGGGGGGGAAGAGAAGGGCGAGAUGGGUGAGAAGGAAGGGAAGGGUGAUAAAGGUGAGAAGGCGGAGAAAGGGGAGGAGGAGAAAAAGGAAGAGAAUGUGGAGAAAAAAGGGGAGACUGAGAAGAAGGGUGGGGAGAGUGAGAAGGGGGCUGAGGAGGUGAGCGAAAAGAAGCAGGAGAAGGAGGAGGAGAAGAAAAGCGGUGAGGAGGGGGAGAAGGGGGAGGGAAAGGCUGGGGCGAAAAAAGCAGUGAAGGCAAGUGUAGGCAUUGCUGCUAGUGUUCCUGUAGCUGCGAAUGCGGCUGAUGCCAAGGCUACUACCAAGACUGCUGAUGCUAAGAGUGCAGAGGUCAAGAAGAAAGGGACUGAGGCCGAAAAACCGGAGAAGACCGAUGUGGGGAAGAAGGGCGGGGAGAAGAGGGGGAAGGCUGAUGGGGAGGAGGAAGGGGAGGAGCGCAAUGGGGCUAAUAAGAAGCAGAAAGCGUCAGGGGAUGGUGAGGGAGAGGGCGAGGGGGCAGCUAAGGGAGGGAAGGAUGAGGGUAGGGCGGAAGAGAGUGCCAGAGGGAAGGCUGAGAAGGACGGGGAGAAGGCAGGGGCAAAGGCAGGGGAUAAGGAAGGAGGUAAGGCCAAGGAGAGUACUGCUGUAAAUGGGAACUCAGCUGGUGAGGAGGAUGAGAAGGAGAAGGAGGAGGAGGAGGGGGAGAAGGGGAAGGAGAAGGAGCAGGAGGCAGGUGAAGGGGGAGAUGGGAAGGCAGGAGCAGCAGCGCAGGGGGGUCGAGCGAGGAAGGUGUCUAUUGGCAUUGCAGUGGGUGCGCAGGAAGAGAAGAAAGCAGGGGGUGCGGCAGGAGAAGGGGAGGAGAAGAAGGCAGCAAAGGAAGCAGAGGCUGAGGCUGCUGGGGCAGGAGGAUCCGGAGGAGAGUCAGAUGGAAAGGACAAGUCCCGCCAGCUGCGCGCGGUUGACUUCAACCAGAACCGCAUUGCCGCUCACCCACCUGUCCCCAUCAUCCAUUCCCCCUCUGCUCCUCCAGCAGCACCCCCCAUUUUCCGUCUUUCUUGCCCUCUCUCCCCCCACCCCACCCACCCACCCACCUUCUCCCCCACCAUUCUCCCCAACCGUCUUUCCGCCAUUCUCCUCUGCUCACCCCGCCAUUCCCCUUUCCGAUUCCCCGCCUCUCCCCCUCUCUCCGCUUUGCCAGCCUCACGUACUGUACCACCGAACCCAACCGCACCGCAGUACGCCUUCCUCCCCAUUUCCAACCCGACGAGACCCACUUUUGAGACGUCUCUAAACUAUCCCCACACCCUCCUCGCACCUCCCCUUCCCACUCUCCCCGCACCCCCCCCUCUCCUUACCCCCACUCUUCCACCACCUCCCCCCUCCCUUUUCCUCCCCCCCCCCCCGCCCCCUCCCACUUCCGUCGCUUCCGUUUCUUCCGCCUUCCGAUUCUCUUCCUCCUUCCCUAUCCCCUUUCCCGUUUCCCUUUCCCAUUCCCCCUGUCAUCCCCCCACUCCUCAUCCCCUCUUCGGCUCCCCCCCGUUCUCUCCUCUCCAUUUCCCCCCCAUCCUCUCCCCCUAUCCUCUCCCUCCCAUCUCCUUCCCCCCAUCGCCCCCUCCCCCUUCCCCCUCGUCCGCUCCCCCAGGCUCCCUGCUCCGCAACGGCGGGUUCGACAAACUGGGCGCCGCGCUAGAAGACCUGAUUAAGCGCUCCGGAGGGCGAUUAGGCCGCGUGGUUCGCGGUGUGAAAGAGGUGCCAGGCUGGAAGGCGUCGAAAGGGGGAGUUAAUCUACUCCGCGUAUCGGGGGAUAUCCAGUGCGAAGCCACCGGGGGAACGGCGGGCGGAGCGCAGCGGAGCGCCAAUGGCACGUGCAUGCCGAGCGAACAGAGCGCGCCUCGGUAUAGCGUGCAGAUUCCCGCGGUUCCCGCGCGGUCCAUCUUCCAGUCGCUAGAGACGGUAGCAGGUUGUGACUAUAGCGGGUCGUUCGCGAUGCGCGCGCCGGUGCUGCGGCUCGGCGACCCGGCGUCCGUGCUUCUGACCGUGGUCGACGCCGCUACUGGCGCUGAGCUGCUAUUCGACGUGUUCACUGAAAAGAUGACAGCCCUCCUCCUGUCCGUUGCACAAUUCCCCCUUCCCUAUUUACCCCAACCCCCCACCCCGCCUCCGCUUCCCCCCUCCCCUCCCCCACUCGCUCCCCCUCUUCCUCCCCCUUUCGCUCCCCUCCCCCUGCCCCUAUGCCCGCAACAGACGACCAACUGGGUGCGCAAGUCCUUCGCGUUCCGCGCAGCGAGCGCGGAGAGCCUGCUGACGUUCGGCGCGGGUCCGCUGAACGGCACUGCUGACGUGGACGCGGGGAACGGCGUCGCGAUCGACGCGGUGAAGGUCGAGAACGUCGGAUGCUCCUCGCAGUGCGUGCGCCGGUGUGCGGGGAAGCCGCUGAACUCGAUCCUGAUUGACUAUAACGCGGAUAAUGCUGCUGUGUCUGGGAAUUCGGUUACCAUCACACACAAGAGCGACACUGGAGGGUCCAGAUGGCAGUCAAUGCAGUUCACAUCGGGCGUGUUCCGUGCGUCCAUGCAGUGCUCCUCCGCCGACACCUCUGGCCUUAUGUACUCUUUUUAUCUGGACUCGAGCGCGCGCAUAGGCGCCAACUCAGGCCUGGGGUGGGACUUUGUGGGCAACAACAAGACGACGGCCCUGGCCACGUACCACGUGAACGGGGUGGUUUACCCCCAGAAAAUCAGCCUGGGGUUCCACUGCGCGGAGGCCCCGCACGUGUUCACCAUCUACUGGGACGCCAACUAUGCUGCGUGGUACGUUGACGGCAAGCUGGCGCGAGCUCUAGUGAAGCAGCAGGGGCAGCCGUACCCGUUCCGCCCCAUGUUCCUGUACGGCACGCUCGCCGCUGCUGCCGGCACCAGCAUGGAGCGAUACGCCGGCGCGUAUACCCCCAGCACCACCGUCUAUACUGCUGCUUGGACUGGCAUCACGGUGAUUUCCCCUCUGAUGGCGGAGGUGGGGCAGCCAUCAAACCCCUCGCCACCUCCCCCCGCAACGUACCCCGCAAGCAUAGCGCCGGCGACGCUGACGCCCCUGGCGGUGGAUUACUGCGACGACCACUGCAUUGGGUGCAGCAGCAGCACGGACGGGAGUGCAACCAUCAAGAUGGACAAUAGCUGUGGUUCUCGCUUCCGCUCGUCCCUGCCAAACAGCUUUGGGUUCUUCAGUGUGGACUAUCGGUGCCCGCAGGGGAAGGGCAGCGGCCUCGUCUCCAGCUUCUACUUAUCAUCGCAGGAGGGCAGCAAGGUGCAGGACGAGAUCGACUUUGAGUGGCUGGGCAAGAACAACACGGUCGUGCAGACCAACUACUACGUGCAAGGGGUGGGCGGCAACGAAAAGCUCAUCACCCUCGGCCACGACUGCUCUGCCGCGUUCCAUAACUACGCGCUGUACUGGACCAACAAGCAGCUCAUCUGGUACAUUGACUUUGUCCCAGUGCGGGUGCUCCUCAACACCACCGCCAUAGACGGCGCGCCGUACCCCUCCAAGCCCUCCUUCCUCUACGCCAGCGUGUGGGACGCCAGUGGCAUCUGUGGCGGCUGCUGGGCGGGCAACAGGGACCCUGGCACCGCCACCGACCCCACGUGGCAGGUCUUUGCAGAGUACAGGAACAUGACUGUGCGCUCGCCGCUGUGGGGAUGA